GGUGGCAAAUAAACUUGACCAUAUGGUUUCAACCCUUGGAAGAAAUCCGCUGGAAGUCUUGGUGGAAGUAGAUACAAGUGGAGAAGAAUCCAAAUCUGGUAUUGAUCCUUCCAAUCGUGUUGAUCUUGCUAAACAUGUAAAAUUGAGCUGUCCGAACCUCGUGUUCUCCGGCUUGAUGACAAUAGGGAGGCCUGACUACACCUCAACUCCAGAGAACUUUAAGACCCUAUCCAAUUGCAGAACUGAAGUUUGCAAGCCACUUGAGAUGCCUGAGGAGCAAUGUGAACUGUCAAUGGGCAUGUCCUUUUAUUUGACUCGACCUGACUCUGUCGAUGUCUCCCAAGGUUUUUUUCCAUCGCUAAAGCUAUGCUUGUUUACAAGCAUAGAACGCAAAAACACAAAAUUGUAUUUAGUAUAUGAGAUAUAGACAGAGACAUUACGUCUUUAGACACUGAAUUAGAGUAAUUUAGGAUUUUUUUUUUUUCAUUCCUAAGCGGCUAAGACCCAAACUGUGAGGCCUCCAUUUAAUGGAAUAAGGCACUUACCACUUUAACCAGUUCCAUAUUAUAUUGGUUAUUAGUGCUCUAAAUUUAUUCAGCAACAAACUACAAACUACUUUUUCUUUUCAUUGCAUGAUUGCAUCUGAUUUCCUCACAAUUAUGAGUGCUUUCUAUAUUUCAAGGGAAGGAAUUGACCGCUAUAAUUAAUUAAUUAGAAAUGGGGUUCUUUAAUUCUUUUGUUGAGUAAUAACAGUAGUUAGAGAUUGUUAUGGUGAGAUAGGCAUAUUUCUUACGAUUAAAUAUGAUUGGUGUUGAUCGAAAAGUUAUUUUCGAUCAGAAAUAGUCAAAUAAAAAAAUAUCAAAUGAAUUUUCGAGAAAAUGUGUUUAGGAGGCUUAAGUUUGGGAAUUGCUGACGCGGAAAUUGUUUCCAAUUACUUUGUCGAAAUCGAAGAAGCUAAGUCGAGAGGGAGAUUCGAUUUGAAGGACUUUCGGAGAUUUGGUCGAGUGGUAAAAGAAGUGAGAAGGCUAGUGGAUAAUUAAUCACAUGGGAAUAUCUAUAAUCGUGUAACGGGAACAGUUACCAAGGGCGGUUGUGUUUUAAAAUUGUAAUUUAUUUUAAUUAUAAUUAAUUGUAAUUAAUGUGAUUCAAUUUACUGUUAUGUAAGGUUAGCUUAUAAAUACUAGAAAAUUUUAGUGAAAAGGGGUUGGAACUUUUAUUCAGAAAAACACUCAAGCACA